GUCUGUUUUAAGCAGCUCGGAGAUUCAAAAUGGCGCCCUGAAAGUGCAGCUCUGACAAGAGACCCUAACCUUCAACUCUUAGAGUUUGAGUUGGAAGGGCAAACUCGACAGCAGGCCACCAUUUUAUCAUACUGCAAUCAGCACUUCCUGGUGUGAUCGUUAGUUUCCUCUUUUAUGUGGGUUCGUCCUUCGCAUUCACUCAUUGCAUGCAGAAGACUGGUGGAAGUCCCUGGUUGUCUCUGAUCAGUUGAGAUCUCAAGGCUUUGGCACAAAUGGCGCAGCUUGGGAAGUGUCUGCGCAACAAAGGCGCCAGCAAGGGCGUCACUGUUUAUGAUGGGUGUCAGGCGUUCUCGCCUAAGCCCAAGAAUCCCCAGAGGUGCGAGGCCUGCGGAUGCCAUGCCUCCUUUCACCAGCGACUGGACAUUGACACUGGAGUGGUGCCUGGGGGCGUUGCACCCUGGAUCCCUCUGGUUGGUGUCAAUGUGGACGAGGUUCCAAUCAUUCCCAGACGCAGUCAGGCCGUUGGAGAUCAAAGCGGCGGGGAAAGAGGUCGGAAGGGGGGGCGUAUUGGUCAGAGGCAAACCCGUGCGGAGCAAACGGCAGGCGCCGUAUGGGGGGGCGCAGCUACUGCCGUGAGUACGGGCCGAUUGGACCCAAGUGAUGGGGCAACUUCUGGUGGGGCCGCCGGCAAAAGCAGGUACUGCAGAAAGGGCGAUCUCACGAUCGCGGAGACGGCCGCUCAGCUGGGCGUCACGGUGGAGCCCAACUAUCCGGGCGAAGGGAAGCCCAAGGAGCUGACAAUUGCACAGAUUGCCGCGCUACGGGGAGUGAAGCUGGGCGCCGGUCGUCAUGAUGAGGACGGAGGGAAGAAGGGCAAGCGAGUGCCGAAAGUUAAGACGAUUGCGGAGAGGGCCGGAGAGCUGGGACUGGUGUUGCCUGACAAAGUGAUGGGUGCCGGAGGGGGGGGUUCCGCCUUGUUCGGGCGGGGGGGCUUUGCAGCAUCGGUGGUGGGGAGAGGCUCCGAGUGGGCCAGUGUGGUGGACCUGACGGAGGGGGAGGCAACUAGGAGCGGCGCGAAAAGGAGGACACGGGAAGAACUGGCGGGGCCGGCGAAGAAGGCUCGCGUUGGCCACACUUGGAUGCAGAGCGCGCCAGGAACCUCUGGCCAAAGUCCGUCGGGGCGGGGGACAACGGGGUUCGAGCCUAGGGGGGUGCGAAGAGGUGCGGGGCUGCUGUUGUUUGAAGUGAGAGGGGCGCCAAUGCAGCAAGGAGAACAAGCAGGCAGUGCGAGAAAGGGGAAGUGGCUGAAGGAGUCGAAGACGAGGACAAUCGGAUGGGAAGAGGCGGGAACUGGCAGUGCGAGUAAAUAUACAGCGUUUGGGGACGGGAUCGGUUUUGCACGACAAAUGCUGGCGGACUUUUUGAGCAAUAAGAAGUCGUGCGAGAAGGACCUGGCUUUCAAAGAGGUGGGCCCUGAGAAUAAGCACCUGACGAUCCUGCGAUCGCAGCUCGAUCAAAGAACCGUCUCGGAUACCCUGGAUGCCAGGUCGUCAACGAAGAAGGUCAUUGCGUAUCUGGCUAAGGACGAGAAAGAGCGGGUAGAACUCUCGCAGCCGCUGGGGACGAUACGCGUGGUCAUGGAACGGCCAUUUGACUGUGAGCGGCGGCCAGCCGUGACAGAAUGGCUCGAGGGGCGGAGCAUCAGCACGCACGUAGCGGAGCUCAGCUACUUGUAUACGUUCCCUCAAUACCGGAACGGGGCUGUGACGAUCCCUUUGUUCGCUUAUAUCUACUUAAAGAUUCUGAAGCCGGCGGGUGUAAAUUGUGUUUUGUUGUCAGUGACCCAGACGCAAGUUGAGAGAUAUUUCUUCAAACACUUGUCGUUUCUGGGCUUUGAGUUCAUCGAAAACUUUGGUACUACAGGGUCGGUGCUCGCUGUAAACCUAGAGAAAGCACAUAGAAACCUGCUUAUAUGACGUCCGGACUCUGCAUCACAGUUCGAUCCUGACAGCCCACUCAAUCGACCCAGAUGCUUCUUUCAAACAAAAGGGUGGAUUGCAAUUGGAGGCCGUGCAAUGACGGUAACCUGC